AUGCCCUUCGGCCUUUCAAAUGCACCCAGUAUAUUUAUGCGGGUUAUGAAUCAGGCUCUUAGCCCAUUCAUCGGUAAAUUUGUUGUGGUCUACUUUGAUGAUAUUUUAAUUUAUAGUGCUAACGAUGAUGAACAUGUUCGGCACCUUCGGGAAGUUCUUUCAGUUCUUCGCAGGGAUAAAUUCUAUGCUGCAGUGAAGAAGUGUUCCUUUCUCACUGAUAGUGUGGUGUUCCUAGGUUAUGUGGUGUCAAAGGUGGGGUUAGCAGUUGAUACAUCUAAAGUAGAGGCGAUAAGUCAGUGGCCACAGCCUAAGACUGUCACUGAGGUGCGGAGUUUUCAUGGCCUUGCUUCCUUCUAUCGCAGGUUCAUACCGCAUUUCAGUAGCAUCAUGGCACCAAUUAUAGAUUGCAUGAAGGAUGGUAGGUUUCAGUGGAAUCAUGAGGCAGAGUCGUCUUUCCAAUUGAUUAAGCAGAAGUUGACUACUGCUCCAGUUUUGGUGUUGCCUGACUUUACCCAACCAUUUGAGCUUCAUUUUGAUGCUUUGAAAGUGGGUAUUGGUGGUGUGCUGAGUCAGAACAACUGCCCUGUUGCAUAUUUCAGUGAGAAGCUUUCUGGCCGAAGUCUCGGUAUAGAUAAGGUUUCUGCUCGACAUGCCUCUUGGAUUGCUUAUCUACAGCAGUUUACUUUUGUGAUCAAGCACAAGGCAGGUGCCCUUAACAAAAUUGCGGAUGCGUUGAGUAGGUGCCAAACGCUCCUUACAGAAAUGAGGUUGUAUCUUCCAGAGGGCAGUUUGAGGUUGAAGAUCAUUCAAGAGUUGCAUAAUGAGGGCCAUGUGGGUUGUGACCGAACAUUGCAGUUUGUUGCUGCUUCUUACUUUUGGCCAUCAUUGCGCAAAGAUGUCAGCAAGUUUGUGGAGCGUUGUCGAGUUUGUCACUUGGCCAAGGGCAAGGCGACCAAUGCGGGCUUGUAUAUGCCCCUACCUAUCCCAACCCAGCCUUGGACAGAUGUGAGCAUGGAUUUCGUUGUGGGACUUCCCAGGACCGAGCGUGGUUUUGAUUCAAUCUUCGUAGUGGUGAUCGAUUUUCAAAAAUGCCUUCAUGGACUACCUACAUCUAUUGUGUCCGAUCGGGAUACUCGUUUCCUCAGCCACUUCUGGCGCAGCCUAUGGUGCUCUGUAAAUACACGGCUGGACUUCAGCAGUGCAUAUCACCCUCAAACAGAUGGUCAAACAGAGGUUGUUAACCGUUCCUUAGGUUUUAGUCCGUUCCAGGUGGUGUAUGGCCUUAUUCCUCGUGGUCCUUUUGAUUUGGUUACAGUUUCUACUUCUGCUCAUGAUCAGCUGCAGGCUGCUGUCGUUGAGUAUAAGUGUGCUGCGGAUAUCAAAUGUCGACAUGUUGAGUUUGAGGUAGGUGACUUUGUUUGGGUGGUGUUAACAAAGGAUCAUGUUCCUGCUCAUGAAUACAACAAGCUUACUGCGAAGAAGAUUGGUCCAUUGGAGGUCAUUGAGAAGAUCAAUCCGAAUGCUUACCGUUUAAAGCUACCUAGCCAUAUUCGUACCUCCGACGUGUUCAAUAUCAAGCAUUUGGUGUCAUUUCAUGGUGAUAAUUCUGAUGAUGAUGAUGAUGCUCAUUUCCCGUCAAAUUCGAGGGCGAAUUUUUCCCACCCUGAGGAGAAUGAUGAAGUGCAUAAGGGAUUAGAGUUCAUGGCAAAAUGGGACCAUCACAAGGCAAAAGUUGGCAAAAAGGGCAAAUGA